AUGUCGAUCGUUGAACUCCUGAGCACUGUGGACAAGCUUGCCAAGGCAGUGACGCAAAAAAAUAAGGAGUUGGACACCCUAAAACUGGAGUACAAUGCAAAGAUUAUGCAGAUGAACCUGUAUCUAAGCACUUUGCAAGAUAUAGUGUUAGCAGAGAACCACAACCACCAGCAGGAAGUAACUGACGAUGAUUUCAUAACUGCAACAAAUGGAGGCUUGAACUGUCCUAAGUGUAGUACUAGAGUGCGCAUGGACGACUUUAUAAUAGUACCAAGAGGUAAGAUAAGGCUACUAGCUGAGAAGUCGGAGCCACUUCGCCUGUCAUUUGAGAAAUUGAACUUAGAGGGUACUAGCGCUACUACAAAUACUAAUUAUGCUACUACUACCAAUACUACCCCCAAAUAUUCCCCUUCGAAAGACUCUUCUGCGUCCCCGCAUACUGAUAAGAAACACCAGGAAAGAAGACUGUCUAAGGUAAUCUGUUCGUACUGCCAAAAACCUGGCCACACAAGAGCAAAAUGCUUCGCUCGACUAAACGCACCCAUGAAGAAUGCUUGA